AAAAAACAAAAAAAAACUGCAAGGAGUAGCUGAGGAAUAUUUCACUGGGUUCUUGCCAUUGUUUUGAUUUCAUGAUUUGAACACCGAUUCGUCUCUGCCGAAAAGGUGCAGGCUUGAUACGUGUUGAACUUCCACAACUUGUCUUCAAGCACGAAGGUCCAAAACACCAGGCUCACUACCUCGUAAAUGUCCUAUUGUGGGCUCUCUUACGACGCAAACAUCCAGGUGAUCCAUCUCCGUCCAUGGCCAGUUGUGAUGGUAUUUGCUGAUGUAUGCGUGAGGAGAAAGACCUAGUGGUUCCCUUGCUGUGCCACACACUGCACAUAUGGAUUCCGGUAACGAGGAUGCGUUGGACAUCAUCAUUACGAAUGUGGUGGCAACCUUUAGGACAAGAUGCCACCUCAACCUCCGCCUCAUCGCCCUUGAAGGGGUCAAUGUCAUCUACAAGCCGGAAGUAGGGAAAGUCUUGAUGAAACUUCGCAAGCCCAAGAUCACAGCUUCGAUCUGGUCCUCAGGAAAAAUAAUUUGCACUGGAGCCACCAGCGAGGAUGAGUCCAAAGUGGGCGCCCGCCGGCUAGCGCGCACUUUGCAGAAGCUGGGCUUUAGGGUGCGGUUUUCUGACUACAAAGUGGUCAAUGUGUUGGCAGUGUGCUCCAUGCCCUUCUCAAUCCGCUUGAUCGACUUCACUAAGAAAAACCGCCCCAUAGCAAGUUAUGAGCCUGAGCUGCACCCUGCUGCCACAUACAGGAUCAAACAGAUCAAGGCUACUGUCCAGGUGUUUUCCACUGGGAGCAUCACAGUCACAGGACCAAACGUACAGACUGUGGCCACAGCUGUGGAGCAGAUAUACCCACUACUGUUUGAGUGUCAGAAACCCCUCCGCAAAUAGUGGAAGAGAAACAAAA